AAGAUAGCUAAAACGGGGUCCCUUUGUUGUGUGGCUGCAAGGCCACAUGGAUCAAAUGCCGCCAGCAGGGACUGGUCUGUGGGGCCACACGAGCCGUACUGGAGAACCAACACGAGCUUUUCUCCUCCACCAGCAAGAUGGGACUUUCAACUCCAACCCGAAACAGUGUCGUUUGGUUCCCAAGAUGGGAUUCAAUUGUACGGCUCUUCUGCAUCGUCUAAUAGUCGAGAAAGUAGAAGUUGGGUGAGAGGAAACAAUCUUACUAAUCAUCAAUUUCUGACAUCUGAUGGCAUUGGUCCGUAUUUAAGCAGCCCAGCUGAUAUAUCUCCUGCCCAGCAGUGGACUCCCCCCGCAAUACAAGAAAUUAGCACCGAUGAUUAUGGUACUUCAGGGAGAGAUGUAUUUAUGAGGCCAUUAUCCUUUUCACCAGCAAUGGAGGGAACAUCGGCAGUUAGAGACAGUGGAGGCUCAACAUCAUCCCGUUCAGACAGCAGCUGCGAUUACGAACCCACAACCAAACCACACUCCUCUCACCGCAACCGCCGCUGCUUCAUGUCCAAAGCAAUCCACCCUCUGUCAUUUCCAUCACAACCACCGCUGGAAUAUUCCACCGCCGCCACACCACAAAGAGAGAACAGGCAUCAUCUGAGCAGCGCCAGCGGCGGCAGCACCGAUCUCACUGAAUUACCCGAGGAGACAUUCGAACACGCGGAUUGUUUCAGAUGCGGCCUGUGCGAAAGGAAUCUUUCGCAAAGGUCCCCUUGGAGCUCCCGUCGGAUUGUGAAAACCGGCGACAUGCCGGUCGCCGGAGUCCUUUCCUGCCGCCACGUGUUCCACGCGGAGUGCUUGGAUCAAACUACCCCCAAGUCAAGAAAAAACGACCCUCAAUGCCCGAUCUGCGUUAAAAUCGAAGAGGAGAAUUCAUCUCCACUGUUUUCCAAGAUGAGGAGUAGUUUCCCUCGGCUUAAACCCUUUUCUGAUGACGUGGCGCCUCCGUCGAAAUCUUGGGGGUGCGUACAGGCAGGCGACGUGGCGCCUGCUGCUAGGAACACACUGCUGUCACUUAACAGGAGCAGGUUCAGAAAGAGUCUUUCUUUGAAGGGUCAACGAGGCAGGGAAUUUGCAGGGAAGUUUUGGAGAAGCGGGCCCUUUUCACCACAGCUGUGUGUGGGACCCACCGUUGAGCAUAGCGGUGCUGGUUCUUCUAAAACUACAGGUGGGUCGGGUUUGAAGUGAUGCGCGCGAGUUUCUGUAUAGGCGCUGCUUGGAGAUUGUAUUGUUAUUGAUUAUGGUUGUAAACUUUGUUGUUUGUAGUGUAUUUUGUGUUUAGGCAUAAUUUGUGAGGGAGGUAUGUUGUUUUCGAGCAUAUGUACUUUUGUAUCGAAAAAUGCAUUUAAACCGAAAAACGAGGUCGAAUCUUGCUCAAUGGCUCUGCUUGCUAUUUCUGAUUAAAGAGGACUUGGAUUGCAUG